CAUAGACCACGUGCGGGUCAAUAUCAAAGACCGCACCAAAUUCACAAGUGUUGGCAUGGAAGACAUCUGCAGUGAACUGGGGCUGCCACCAGAGAGUGACGGAAGGAUGAUCCACUCGACGAUUAAACAGCUGGACCGGGGCCAGGCGUUUCAGCAGUGGAAUGUACUAAACAUGAAACUCAAGGCGCUGCGCGAGAAGCUGGCCAAACUGCAGGCGAAGCUACACAGCAAGAGAGAAGCAACACAGAAGUACAGAACAUCCCAACCAUACUGUACCACAGCGCAGUACAUAGCAGAGAGUGGGCAAGGUAGUACGAGUGCCCCUGCACACAUGCGCAACACGCCGACGACGCCAACGAGUACGAGUGGGUGUAGGCGUUCACCAGCACCAGUAUCAACGGCAGAGACGGGGGACAAAGGAGAACGAUACACUGGCAGGACAACCAAGACACCAACUACGCCCCAAUACACUGAGGCUGAUGUGGGGGGUGCCGGUGGACAGCUUGAACGGCAGCUUGCGCAUAUCACGCGCGCGAUCGAUACUGUCGCGCGGAGCACCGCACGGGCCAAGCGGCAACGGGACCAAUGCGAAGUCUAUGGCAAACACGAGAAGGUUUUAAGCAUGUGGCAGGCGGUCAAUGGGAGGUACCAGAAUGGGGAGCGGUACAAAUUCCGGGGCGAGCUGUUCGAGCAGGAGGCGCAUCAAGAAGCCUCGCGUUACCUACUGGCCAUUCUGCGCGCCAGGGAUGGUAGGGUUUUUAAGGUUCCUCGGGAUACGUCAGAGUACACGAUUAUUACUAACCAGGUAUGGAGCAGAAGGAAGCCGCCAGUGCCAUACUCUCGCGCAGAGGUCCACUCAGCAGACGAGGAGCAAGUGCUGUGCACAACACACACAAGCCCAGAGACCCAGACAGUAACCGGGAAGAAGGUCCCGUAUAUGAGUGAUACCGAAGUUUCUACGGGCGCACGGGAGUAUAGAGGUUUGUAUCGAACUAGCUACCAUAGCAAGUCGAGGCUAGGUGGUCAACCUGGCGAACACUUGCGCACGGCUGGGAUAGAGGGCUUGCAAAACACUACAACUCUAAGCCCCGUAGACACGGACGCGUACACACGACACAAUGAACAGCUGCUGCGCCACGAGAAGGGCAGUGGAGAGGCCGACAUUGUGGCACUGGAUGCGCACGGGUUGGUGGUAGGUAUAGUGGAGGUCAAGUCAGGCUGCCUGGCUAUUGCAGAUGCGUACCAUCAACAGACGAGACAUAUGAACGUACACCCACACACACGUAUGCACACCUUGCCUGCGGAUGGAUUCACAUCGGUGAAAACGAUGGGCUCGUACGACUGUGGCAGGGCGCGCAGGAGUAGUGCAAAGUCCAAGGAGAUCAAAGCGUGUACGCAUGGGAGACGCAACAAAGGAAGCCCAGGUGCACGGGCGCCACACCAGUAUGUGCACACUGCGCAGCAGGAUGGAUGUGCCACACAAGCGGACGAGUGUGGAUGUGGAGACACCGGUGGUUGCUAUGGCAACGCCACUCUGGGAGGCAGGCGGCUGCAUCCGUCGGGGGUGGUUGUGCUGGUUGCUACGCUGCUGCCUCCCAACCGAUAUGUCAUUGGUUGCCCGCCCAGUGUUUUGCAUGCGUACACUCGCGCACUCACAAAGUAUGAUCUGUGGCAUUGUACACGACUCAGCGACACGGAGGUCCGUUUGGCGAUGGAUUAUGUGUACAGCUCACUGAAGCAACCGCUCUCCCCACUGCAAUGGCUCGACAGAUUCGGCCAAGAGCAUCUGCUGAUUUUGUGAGCGUGGGAGUGGCUAAUUAAUAUGCCACUCUGUCGCGUCUGCCAUAGGCGAUUAUCCAAGUGCACAACUUUGUUACGAGUAGUUAUCAUUUCUCAACUACUUCUGCGUAGGCAUAUCCGUAAUCUCGACGUCAUCGUACAGAAAACGUAAAUCAUACUGAGGCUACGGUGGAAGGUUCAC